AACCGUACCAACAAUCCUGCACCUACAUAUACCGGUAAUACAAUGAAAAGAAAACGAACAGUUUCCACUUCUCCCCGAGACACGUCAACAAAACCUCCCUCUACCACCGCCGCACCGACCCUGUCCUCCAUCCCCCUCAACCUCCCAGCAGAAGCCGCCUCGUCAAAUACACCCACCCGUCCACUCCCUCUACCCGAGACCCCAGGCAAGCAGCGAAGAACGACCCUCCUUCAGCCCGAACAGCUCAACGGCACCGGUCCAGGCGCGGGCACUGAAAGUGUGCACUCCCCGUCACCUCAGAAAAGGCUACGCACGCCAAUGACACGUCACGGGAAUAGUACCAGUGUCCGGUUCGCGGAGAGUGUGGUUCCACUCGGGGAUGCAAUCGGGGGGCCGGUGACCAAUGCCGACCGAUCGGCGCGAAGAAAGAGCGUUCGCAGGAUCGUUUCCAAGGCCGUCGGCGGCGGCGAGGACAGUGACGACGAGGACGAGGAGGAGGAGGACGUGCUUGCGCGCAAGAUCUUUGGGGAUGACGAUAGUGAUGAUAUAGAUGGACUACUCGCCGAUGAGGAAGCCAGUGGUGUCCAGAAGAAACGCGGUGGGAGCAGCACAACGACGGCGUCGAGGAAGAAAAAGAAGCAGCUCGUGGAAGAGGAGAUUACCGCGCCCAUAGACGGCCCCGAUUCUUACUUUUUCCAGAAUCGAAAAGCGAGACUUAUUACGUCGAAUAGCACCCUCGCAUCCCUCCCUGUGCUAGAUCACAGCUCUUACUUCCGGCUCAUUCGCGAGCAUGGGCCUGACCAUGUGGAAGAUAGGGCCUACCUGGAAGGCCUACACAGGCAGAACUUUCCGCAGUGGGAAUUCGAGCUAAGCCAGGGUUUCAACCUUUUAUUGUACGGAUACGGUUCGAAGCGGAAUCUGUUAAUGCAGUUCGCGAAGCGCAUCUACCGCUCGCCUCGCGGCCUCGUGGUAAUAAACGGCUACGUCCCCACUCUGACCAUAAAAGACGUGCUUACAACCGUCGCAAAAGCCACAAUCGGCCCAAACCACACCAUCCGCUUAGGCUCCAACCCAAACGACACCCUAGACACCAUCCUCUCAAUCCUCGACACCCAUACCGCAGAAGAAGAGCGAAAAGCCGAAGAGGUGGAGGAAGAAUAUGCCCCCAUAAACCACCUAACCAUCCUCAUCCACAACCUCGACGGCGAACCCCUCCGCACAACCCGCGCGCAAGUCCUUCUCUCGCGCUUAAGCUCCCAUCCAAAAAUCUCCCUCGUUGCCUCGAUAGACCACAUCCAUGCCCCGCUACUCUGGGACGCCGCCAGGGUCUCGCAAUUCAAUUUUCUCUGGCACGACGCAACCACCUUCGCCCCGUACUCGAUCGAGUCCUCGAUCGACGACUCACUAGCACUCAUCAGCGGAAGCGGACGUGCUGGCGGCACGAAGGGCGUGAAAUUCGUCCUCGCAUCGCUACCGAUGAACGCAAAGUCUUUGUACCGCGUACUUGUCAGUCAUCAAUUACAAGGAAUCGAAGACGGAACGGCUGGCGCCGUGGGCGAAGAUGAAGUCGGCGUGGAGUAUAAGGUGCUUUAUCAGAAGGCUGUCGAGGAGUUUAUCUGUAGUAAUGAUAUGGCAUUCCGGACACUAUUGAAGGAGUUCCAAGACCACCAAAUGGUAUCUUUGAAAAAAGAUGCUCAAGGCACAGACGUACUCUGGGCACCCUUCAAGAAGGAGGAGUUGCAGGCUAUAUUGGAGGAUCUAGUGGCUUAGGCUUAUUUUCUCCUUUAUACAAGCAAAAGGUUCCGGAGGGGCGGGUUUACUAGGACGCUCUAUUCUUAUUUAUCAUUAUUUUCUUCCUUUCCCUCUCCUCCUCUUCUUCACAGUUGUAUUUUUUACGGUUCAGUUCCCUGGAUGAAGCAAGAUGAGGAUAUGAUACCGGCGGCAGUGCGCAUGCUACCAGUUGUGUAUAAAGAUUUGCGUUUGUUUGCUGGCUUGCAUCAUGUCCUGUUUUUCUCUUUCCACCCUUUUCAUCUCUUUAUCCCUUCCAAAAAAAGUUUUUUUCGAUAGAUGUAAUUCCGUAUGAGAAUAGGUUAUUUUCUUCAGAAGCAA